AUGUCUAUCGCCAGCCAUUAUCACGCGCACAAGCCCAAUGUGCCCAUUAUUAUGGAAGAUGUGUUCGGAUGGGUAAAAGAAGGUAACGCCUUCCAAGUCCGAGUAUGGUUGGACGACUCCGAACACGACCUCAACAUCGGGUAUGACGCCUUUGUAAUAUCAAUAUUGAAUGUUUAGAGAUGACCACGCGUUCUCACUGUUACAUUGGGGCUCCAAAGAGGGACAUCUUAACAUUGUGGACCUUCUGUUGUCAAGAGGAGCUCGUGUCAAUGCCACAAACAUGGGAGACGAUACAGCUUUGCAUUUGGCCGCAGCUCAUGGUCACAGACAGAUUGUCGUCAGGCUCAUAUCGAAGAAAGCUGACGUUAAUGCUGCCAACGAGCACGGUAUGACACCGCUACAUUAUGCCGCCUUCUGGGGAUACGAACAGAUCUGUGAAGAUCUGAUCAGAGCAGGAUCUUAUGUUAAUAUCAGCAACAAAAGGAACCUCACUCCGCUGGACGUGUGUCAGCCUCAAAUCAGACAAGCUGUUUAUGGUAAGCUAAAAAAAAUAAAAAAUAUCAUAAUAUUUUAAAAAACAUCAUUCGGUUAUCCUAGACCUCUAACGUGUUCCAAAUUUUAGAAAUCGCGUUAGAAAACGGUCAAAACGCCAACCAGAAGAUGCCAUUCAGAGAUGAUGGCUGGAAGAACACAAAAACUAGAACGAGGGAGGCUACACUCUCACGGUACACUGGAGUCGACAUCCAGAGUUUGGCCUUCCAAAAACCAAUUGCUCAAUCACAUUCUGGCACAUUAUACCGCGGUAAAUGGCAAGACAACGACAUUGUAGCACGAGUGCUGAAUAUCCCAGAAGUCACAGCCAGAAUCUCCAGAGACUUCUCUACAGAAUUCCCAUCGUUACGGUAGGUUGACCUUUCAUAAAUCCGGUUCACACAUACGACAAAGUAUUACAAUACUCAAUCUAUUGUCAACAUUAACCAACUCAUUUCAGAAUCUUCGCCUGUCCCCAGAUCUGCCCUCUAUUGGCCGCAGUAAAUCAACCUCCCCAACUAAUCCUUAUCAGUCAAUAUAUGGAGUUUGGCUCUCUCUACAACGUACUUCAUGAACAGACCAAUGUUGUAGUAGAUCACACCCAAGCCAUCAGAUUCGCACUUGAUAUUGCAAAAGGAAUGAGUUUCCUACAUUCUUUGGGAACUCCAGUGUUACGGUAUUACCUUAGCUCAAAACAUGUUGUAGUAGACGGAGAAUUGAACGCCAAGAUCAACAUGGCUGACACAAAGUUUUCAUUCCAAGAAGUCGGCAGACUUUAUUCACCUGCUUGGAUGAGUCCGGAAGGUAAGUAUUUCAAAGGACUACCGUUAAUAAGUGAAAGAACUGUAGUAGGUUUGCUGUAACAACCCUAUUCAUCCCACACUAUCCAAUUAAUUAAGAUAGUAAAUCUACCUAUUUAAUAUCAUUUUAUUAUUUUCCAGCCCUUCAACGAUCCCCAGAAGACCUGAACAUCAGAGCGGCCGAUAUGUGGAGCUUUGGAAUCUUGCUAUGGGAACUGAACACCCGAGAAGUGCCGUACGCUGAUCUCUCGCCAAUGGAAGCUGGAAUGAAGAUCGCUUUGGAAGGUCUGAGAGUGAUGAUCCCUCCAGGCAUCUCGAGGAACAUGUUCAGACUUAUUAACAUUUGUUUGAACGAAGACCCCGGCCGUCGGCCCAACUUUGACCAAAUCAUUCCAAUUCUCGAGAAAAUGGCUUAA